GGCAGAACAAGCGCGAAGCGAGAGCGUGUGUGGGGGAAGGAAAAGAUGGAACGAUAUUGGGCGCACUUCUGAAGUGAAGACGACGACAUGGCAAACCCUAGAAGAUCUUCGCAUUCAAUCACUGUUUCAGAAGGCAAUUACUCACCUCAAUUUCAAACCCUAGCAAUUGGCAGCAACAGCAGCGUAUUGUCGCAAGUGAAACUGUUCUUGAAGAAGCCCCACGCGUUUCCCUUUCUGCUUUCCGUCUUCCUCCUCCUCACUUGGAUCUCUCUCCGAUUCCAGCAUUCUGCUCGUUUCUCGUCGCCUCCGCACCUUAAAGAUACAGAAGGAGUCGUCGGUGAUGACCGCAAUGCCAACCUAGUUAGGUUCUCUUCGGGCUUUCCUUCUCGGAUCACAAAGGACAAGCGCGGAUGGAUGCUCGACCCCCUGGCCGUCGCCCUCGAUUUUGGAAUUUCAGGGGGAGCAGUGACUUGUGCUUCACUUCAUAUUGGUGAAAUCCAACCUGGUGGCUUGAGGGGAAACCACAGACACUUAACCUGUAACGAGACAUUUCUGAUUUGGGGUGCUAAGACAAUAUUUAGGCUGGAGAAUAAGGCAGUUAACAGAGGUUAUGCUGAGGCUACUCUGAAUGCUGAUGAGGUUGCUGUUGCUGCCAGCCCCCAUGGGACAGCACAUGCUCUGGUGAACGUUGAUCCUGUACGGAGUACAUUCUUCAUGGGGUGCCAGGACAGUAUAAUCGACUAUAACAAGUCUACUACUAUUUUUAAUGUUUGGAAAGAUCUUUAAGUGUUAUCUUAUUUGCAGUUAUCUUCCUUGUUGUUCGCUGACCUAGAAUUUUGUAUUUUAUUUUGCUGUGGUUGUCUAUCAUGCAAUUUGCUCUACAAUUUUGACCAUUAGAGAUCUGGUUCAGUGAAAUACCAUCAGGCAUCUGUGUAUAAGGUACAGUAGCUGUUCUGUGGCUUAGCCUAUUAUUAAUGAUUAAUUUGUUUUAUUAA